GGUGAUGUCGUUGGGGGGGGAGAGAGGGAGAGCGCGAUUUGGAGGUUAGGUGAAAACAAAGCAGCUUCGAACCGAAGCUGACGGCGGGAGAGGGCGGGUUGUUGCAUCCGUGUUAUUCAGAGUGGGUUUUAAGAGAGUGAGAGUGCUGCAUUCUAAGGUUUGAGAGUGGGUUUCGAGAAAGUGAGGGCUGCGUUCUAGGGUUUGCACAGGGUGAGUGUGGGUGCACGAUUUGGGGGAUUGUAUCUAUCCCACUCUCUCUUCCUCCAUCCAUGACAUCCACAGUAAAACCUAGGCGCUCCUCUUAUAUCUGAAAACCCCGAGAUGCUCUCUCUCUCAUUUUUCUGCUAUCCUAGCCAAACCCAAAGAUCAAACCCAGAUUUCAACCGUACCCUCAACUGUGUUUCCAGCUUUGUUUUGAUUUUCUUGGAUUGCCCUUUUAAUUGUUUGGUAGGCAAGACUGAUGCCGAAGAUGCCGAAUGAAGUGGAACUGAUGAGUUUUGGCAAGAUUUUGGAGAACAACGUGACAGUGGGUCAUUACCUUUGGUUGAUAUUGGUUAGGGAAUUGUCAUGAUGCGUGUUGUUGUACAGCCAGCUAUGGGAAAAUCUAAAAUAGAAAUCAAUUCAAUGAACUUCAAUUUGAUGAUGGAAUGCCAGGAAAAUGCAGUGGAGAGCCUUCUCUCGCUCUCAAAUCUAGCAAAUCGCGCCAGACCACGGGUCCAUCCGCACCACCAACGUUCCUCCGCUUUAGUGAAGCACCGUGGAGCUGAUUGGAGUGGCCUGUGCCAGCAUGGAGAUUGUUUCUUUGCUCAUCAGAGGCUGGCCAUUAUUGACCCUGCUUGUGGUGAUCAACCUCUCUACAGUGAAGACAAAUCAAUUGUUUUCACGGUGAAUAGAGAGAUUUACAACCAUGCAAAGCUGAGGAGCCGUCUGCCAAAUCAGAUUUAUAAGCUGAGUCGCCUGCGGACCCGUAGGCUCGGCGCUCCAGAUUCCCGAGGCUCUGGCGCUCCAGAUCCUCUUCAGCUUUGAUGAAGGGGCAUAUAUAAGAGGAAUCAAGAACGUUGACAACUAAUUACAUAUUUGCCACACUCCCAAGGAGCAGAUCUGGAGAUGUACUGUCCACCAUCCAAAGGUCCUUGUGUCAGAUGAUGCCAGACAGAUCUCAAGAGUUCAGCUUCGAGACGAGGUCAAAUGCGAUGGAGUAGACGAGGAAGAUAGUCUUCUUCAAGGCAUCAACAGAGGAACAUCAAUCAAGAAAAGCAUGUGUUGUCACUUUAGAGAAAAGGAAUACAGAAAGCAAAAGCAAGGAGCGGCGAGAUCAAGCUGCAACAGAAUAAUAAAAGCAGAAAGUAAAAGAGAGAGAUGCGGUGGAAAAGAGAACGACAAAAGCAAAAGAGAGGUGCAGUGGAAAAGAGAAAAGCAAAAGCAAGGAAUAAACA